AUGGCUUCAACCACCCAAAUCUCCCUUCUCCUACUUCUCAUCUUUGCAAGUCUUCCUUCGGCUCCAAGCUCUUGGCAUGGCGUUAGGGGCACCAGGUCACCUAUUGAGCGUCCAUUACACUUUGAAGAAGCUACCAUCUCCGACAUCCAGGCGGCCUUCAAUGACGGCAAGCUCACUUCCUUCAAGCUUGUCCAGCAUUACUUGGAAAAGAUCAAUGCUCUCAACCCCUACCUCAACGCCGUCAUGGAGGUCAACCCUAAUGCACUCGACGAUGCAGCCAAAGCAGACCUUCAGCGUAGUGUCGAUAGCCAUCUCAGCCCCCUGCAUGGCAUACCUGUCCUUGUCAAGGAUAAUAUAAACACCCGCGAUAAGCUCAAUACCACCUCAGGCUCCUUCGCCCUUCUUGGCUCCAUCGUCUCGUGUGAUGCAGGAGUCAUUCAUCGCCUUCGCAAUGCCGGCGCCAUCAUUCUAGGUAAGGCAAGCAUGAGCGAGUGGGACAAUUUUCGAUCAAUAAUGGCUCCCCAAGGGUGGAGUCCGCGAGGGGGACAAGGUAGAAAUCCCUAUCCUACGACAAAUACUCCAUGUGGAACCAGUAGCGGGUCAGCUAUAGCUGUGGCCGCAAAUCUAGUUACUGUUUCACUUGGAACAGAUUUGGAUGGCGCCAUCACCUGCCCUGCAGUGAUGAACUCAGUGGUGGGCAUCAAGCCCACAGUGGGCAUAACCAGCCGUUCUGGGAUGGUACCCAUCUCGCCAAGAUUACAAACCAUAGGGCCAAUGGCACGAACAAUGGAAGAUGCAGUGAAACUCUUGGAUGUCAUCACGGGAUUCGAUCCACUGGAUGCUAAAGCAACGAAGGCUGCAGAGAGGUUUAUUCCAAAUGGUGGAUUCCAAAAGUCCUUGAAGAAAGAUGGGCUGAAGGGUAAGAGGGUGGGGAUUUUUCGCUCCUUCUUUGAUGAAUACUCCAAAGGGUCAUUGGAAGCUAAUACAUUUGCAACACAUUUUCGCACCAUGAGAUUAAAAGGUGCUAUUUUGGUUGACAAUCUUAAAAUGAAGAACAUAGAAAUCAUGCUAAAUUCGACUGCAAAUGGUGAAGCGAUUGCAUUAUUGGCCGAGUUCAAGCUUUCACUCAAUGCCUACCUCAAAGACCUCGUGUACUCCCCCGUACGAUCUCUCGCAGAUGUCAUAGCCUUCAACAAUCAUCACCCAAUUGAGGAAGGAAUGGAUGAAUAUGGGCAAAAAAUUUUCUUAGCAUCUCAAAAAACUAAUGGAAUAGAUGUGGCAGCCAAGAAAGCUAUGAAAAGAAUGGACAAACUCGCAAAGGAAGGGGUGACGGAUCUGAUGAAAGAAAAAAAUUUAGAUGCUGUAAUGUUCCCCCAUUUUUAUGGCCUGCAUGCUUUCGGGAUCGGUGGCUUUCCCAUCGUUAGCGUACCAGCGGGAUAUAAUGGCUCUGGUGCGCCUUUUGGGAUUUCCUUUGCUGGAUUAAGGGGUUCUGAUGCAACUUUGAUUGAGAUAGCCUAUGCCUUUGAGCAAGCUACCCAAGUCAGAAAGCCACAUCCUACGCUAGUUUGA